CUCCUCAAACGCUUCAUACUGUAUACACUACAUCUCCUCUGGUGUCCGUCAGCAUCCAGGUUCUGCCCCCUUUGUUCUCUCAGCCAAUCAACAGCCUCGCUAUUUUCCUCUCGUCUACCUGGUUAAGGACCGUUAAAGUCAGAGGAGUGCUACAGAAAGGACAUUUAGACGUUUGUGUUCUGGAAAUCUGGUUCGAGAUUUGCAGAAGCAGCACAUCGUAAAGCUCCGAGAUGAACUACGGCAGUGCUGAUCGGGACUGUGAGUCCACACAGAUGCUGCACUACCUCAGUAAAAAGGAGGCCGUUGCCAUGGAGAUGGAGUUGCUAAGGGACUAUCACUUUGAUCUGCAUCAGCUGUCAGAAAUUUUAGGCCAUGCCUGUGCUGUUGCCAUCACAAAGACGUACCCGCUGAGCACUCUGGGUAAAAGGCAGCCCACUGUCCUAGUGGUGUGUGGGCCGCAUCAGAACGGCUGCAUCGGCCUGACGUGUGCACGCUAUCUGAGAUUAUUUGAAUACAUGCCCACUGUCUUCUACCCAAAACGCUCCUCACAAACCCCUCACCUGGACUUCACUGUACAGUGUGAGAAAAUGGACAUCCCUUUCCUGUCCUACCUGCCCACAGAGGUGCAGCUUAUAAACGAUGCAUAUAACCUGGUGGUGGAUGCACUGCUGGGUCCAGAGACAGAACUGGGAGCAGCAGAAGAACCCUUCACCAGCAUCAUGCUUACACUCAGAGGGGUUAAAAUCCCCAUCGCCAGCCUCGACAUCCCUUCAGGUUGGGAUCCUGAUGAAGCCAGUGUCAACGGGAUUAAUCCCAACGUCCUCAUCUCUCUGAUGGCACCAAAGAGAUGUGCACGCAGUUUCUCUGGGAAACAUUUACUCGCUGGACGUUUACUGCCCUACGACAUCCAGAAAAAAUAUGCGCUUAACCUACCCAAGUUCCCCAGUACAGCCUGUAUUACCCAGCUCCAUUAACAAGUCUGUAUGACUUUCAAUAAACCUCUUUCACAGUCACAUCUUGUAGCUUGUGGGGGAAGAAAAAAGAAAAAAGACCCCCCCAUAUAUAUUUUUUUAAAUAAAGGAGAAGGAGAAAGAAGUCAUUUAAGAUGGAGGAUGCAUUUUUAUUGAUUUUUAUGGUGAGACUUGUGGUACAAAAAACAAGAGUGCUUCCUGUUUACAGUGUAAAAGAAUUGCUGUGUGGCCAAUCUGUCUACAAACUGGUAAUUAUAUUUCACAUGUCAUGUAAACAUUGUUCAAGAAUUUUUCAAGCCAUCAGUUGACUAAUAAAAUUCAACCAAGGUCUAUGAAAAAUCUCAUGGGUCACAUCAACUGGUACCAUAGUAGAAUCUCAUGG